UAAAAGAGUGGAGCUCACUUUCAAAAACCCUAAAGAGAAGGAACUGCACUGAUUUGAGCGCCGCCGCCUCUGCUCCACUACGCCCACCAUGAAGUUCAAUAUCGCUAACCCCACUACGGGAUGCCAAAAGAAGCUUGAAAUAGACGAUGAUCAGAAACUCCGAGCAUUUUUUGACAAGAGGAUCUCACAGGAGGUCAGUGGAGAUGCUCUUGGAGAGGAAUUCAAGGGCUAUGUUUUCAAAAUCAUGGGAGGAUGUGACAAGCAGGGAUUUCCAAUGAAACAGGGAGUGUUAACUCCUGGACGUGUUCGUCUCUUGCUCCACAGAGGGACGCCUUGCUUCCGAGGAUAUGGUAGGCGCAAUGGAGAGCGAAGGAGGAAGUCUAUUCGAGGAUGCAUUGUGAGCCCUGAUCUCUCUGUUCUCAACUUGGUAAUUGUGAAAAAGGGUGAGAGUGAUCUUCCUGGACUUACUGAUACUGAGAAACCGAGAAUGAGAGGACCCAAGAGGGCAUCCAAGAUUCGUAAACUCUUCAAUCUCUCAAAGGAAGAUGAUGUCCGGAAGUAUGUCAACACUUACCGUCGAUCAUUCACAACAAAAUCUGGAAAAAAAGCCAGUAAAGCUCCCAAGAUUCAAAGGUUGGUCACUCCAUUAACUUUGCAGAGGAAGAGAGCAAGAAUUGCUGAGAAAAAGAAGAGAAUUGCAAAGGCAAAGGCAGAUGCUGCUGAGUAUCAGAAGCUCCUUGCACAGAGAUUGAAGGAACAGAGAGAACGUCGUAGUGAAAGUUUAGCCAAGAAAAGAUCCAGGCUUUCCGCUGCUUCUAAACCUUCGAUUGUUGCUUAACUUGAAUCACAUUAAAAUCAGUCAAAUUUAUGAUAGCAAGUUGAAAAAAUCGAUGGAAUUUGUUUGAUUUAGAUCUUUAUUUUCGAAAGGUUUCACCAUUGCAUUUGAAAGUGCUUUGACAUUUCUGAAUUUACUGGAUUAUUUGAUUCAAACCUUGGAAUUUUGACUUGCAACAGCUGAGAACUGAAUCAAAUGCUUCAGAGAUUGAAAUAAAUUGAUUUAUUAUAAGCAAAAAAAUAAUUUCAGGC